CGGGUGUUAGGGUUAGGGGAGAGGGGAGGGGAGGGAAGGGGAGGGGGCGUGCGCGGGCUUCUGUCGACAGACACCCGGUUUCAAGCCUCGUCGCUCCAUCCCCACCGAGGUACCAAUAUACUGCGUUGCAAUUAAUGCACAUUUGGCAGAAAGCCACACACGCAAGACACUGGUCUUUGGUGGCCCAUGGCGAGAUGGCUGCACGCCUCGCAAGAGAGAGCCCACGAGACCCAGUCCGCCUUGGUGAGUGGUGCUGGAGAGUGGUGGUGCUGGAGGUGUGAGCCUUUGAGUGUGUGGGUACGCCUGAGGCGGCCAAGAACCCUCGAGGCAAAAGACCCAGAUUCUCCAAUCAGAGAGCUGUCCUGGAAUGAGGCUGAAAGAAAGUUUAAGAUUCGCUAUUCCUACCUCAUUCGUUGGCCAAUUCUUGUUUCCCGCCCUUCUUUUUCGAUUGUUGACGAAGGACUGGACCGCGGCCGAAGCGGGGGUGAUGGAGGGACUGUGGUGGCACUGGUGGGUGUUGUCGACACCACCCCUGCGCGCGAUGAGGGUCCCCCGCGCCCACCUAAAUGGGGCUUUUCUGUUUGA